AUGGCAUCUACAGGUCCAAUUACCUACCGUGUUGCGUCCAUUCCAGGAGAUGGUAUUGGGCCAGAAGUCGUUGAAGCGACGAUCCAGGUCGUUAAGAAGCUCUGCCAAAAAUUACAAACAUUCGACAUCGAAUUCACUCACAUCCCGUGGGGCACGGAAUACUACAAGGCACAUGGUCGGUAUGCAUCGGAAGACUGUCUGGACACACUGCGACAGUUUAAUGCAGUACUAUUCGGCGCUGUAGGCGCUCCAGAUGUUCCUGACCACAUCUCUCUUUGGGGUCUUUUGUUAGCAAUCCGAGGACCUUUACAAUUGUACGCCAAUGUCCGCCCGGUACGUACCUUCCCUGGCACAAAAUGUCCGCUUAGUACCGCGACAAACGGCAUCGACUGGGUUCUCGUACGCGAAAACUCAGAGGGCGAAUAUUCUGGCCAGGGCGGGCGCAGUCACGUCGGCCAGCCGUGGGAAGCUGCGACGGAGGUUGCCAUAUUCACACGGGUUGGAAUCGAGAGGAUCAUGAGAUUUGCGUUUGAAACAGCACGCUCAAGACCUCGUCGUCACUUGACAGUCGUCACUAAGAGCAACUCCAUGCGCAAUGGCAUGGUCUUGUGGGAUCAAGUGGCCGCAGAGGUCGCUAGGGAUUUCCCUGAUGUCACCUGGGACAAGAUGCUAGUGGAUGCUAUGACGAUUCGCAUGGUGGGCAAGCCCGACUCCCUGGACACUAUCGUCGGUACCAACCUGCACAUGGAUAUUCUGUCAGACUUGGCCGCCGCGCUGGCAGGAUCAAUUGGAGUUGCUCCCUCUAGCAAUUUAGACCCAACGAGGAAGAAUCCGUCCCUGUUUGAGCCCGUGCAUGGAAGUGCUUUCGACAUCACUGGCAAGGGAGUAGCCAAUCCUGUAGCGACGUUCUGGUCGGCUGCAGAGAUGCUUUCUUGGCUAGGCGAGAAGGACGCUGCAAAACAGUUGAUGGGAUGCGUUGAAAGGGUGUGCGCUGCUGGAGUCCUAACUCCAGAUCUUGGAGGGACCGCAAAUACUCAAGGGGUUGUCGAAACGGUGUGCGCAGAAAUUGAGCGCUUGGUUUUGCGACAUGAUUGA